GCCCCCUGCGGCCGGCUGUGUCCCUCGCCGCUAGGACCUGCCAGUCUGCGCGCCAUGGCAGCGGCGGCAGCAUCCCCGCCAGCAUCCCCGCCAGCGGCGGCGGCGGUGGCGUCCACGGCCGCCGCGGAUGCUAUUGUUCCCUAGUGUAAGUUGCUCUUUGGCUGCUUUUCAUCUGGAGCGAACAAUAGCAGCAGAGAGAGCUUUUUGCCUUCUCUUCUGGUGGAGAAGGAAGGACCGUCCCUUGCGAGAGUACUGCGGCUCCGGAGGCUGGAGUAGCUGCGGACAGCAUGGGGCUGCGAGCCGGGCGCCUGGCGUCCCCGAACCGGGGCGUCCUGCAGCUGCUGCGGCUGCCACUGCUCUUGCUGCUCCUGCUGAGCUCCGGCGCCCGCGGGGCUGCAGCGCAGGGAGACUCCGAGGUGCCUACCCUCUAUCUUUGGAAGACCGGUCCCUGGGGACGGUGUAUGGGAGAUGACUGUGGACCAGGCGGCAUCCAGACCCGGGCUGUGUGGUGUGCUCACGUGGAAGGCUGGACAACACUGCACACGAACUGCAAGCAGGCUGGGAGACCCAGUAACCAGCAAAACUGUUUCAAAGUGUGUGACUGGCACAAAGAGUUGUACGACUGGAGGCUGGGGCCCUGGAAUCAGUGUCAGCCCGUGAUUUCCAAAAGCCUGGAGAAAGCUCGAGAAUGUGUGAAGGGAGAGGAAGGCAUCCAGGUGAGAGACAUAACCUGCAUCCAAAAGGAUAAGGACAUCCCCGCAGAGGACAUCAUCUGCGAGUACUUUGAGCCCAAGCCCCUCCUGGAGCAGGCCUGCCUCAUCCCUUGCCAGCAAGACUGCAUUGUGUCUGAGUUCUCGGCCUGGUCCGAGUGCUCCAGGACCUGCGGCAGCGGCCUGCAACACCGCACCAGGCAAGUGGUCGCACCGCCACAGUUUGGAGGCUCUGGCUGUCCUAACCUCACCGAGUUCCAGGUGUGCCAGUCCAACCCCUGCGAGGCGGAGGAGAGCAUGUACAGCUUGCAGGUCGGGCCCUGGAGUGCAUGCUCUGUGCCACACUCACGGCAAACCAGGCAAGCCAGACGUCGUGGCAAGAACAAAGAGCGGGAGAGGAAUCGAAGCAAAGCCGUGAAGGACCCAGAAGCCCGUGAGCUCAUCAAGAAGAAGAGGAACAGAAACAGACAAAACAGACAGGAGAACAGAUACUGGGACAUCCAGAUUGGGUAUCAGACCAGGGAUGUGAUGUGCACGAACAAGACUGGGAAAGCUGCGGAUCUCAGCUUUUGCGAACAAGAGAAACUGCCCAUGACCUUCCAGUCCUGUGUGAUCACCAAAGAGUGCCAGGUGUCCGAGUGGUUGGAAUGGAGCCCAUGUUCAAAAACAUGCCAUGAUGUCACAUCCCCCACAGGCACUCGUGUAAGGACAAGGACCAUCAAGCAGUUUCCAAUUGCAAGUGAAAAGGAAUGUCCAGAACUUGAGGAGAAAGAGCCCUGUUUGUCUCAGGGAGAUGGAGCUGUCCUCUGCGCUACGUAUGGCUGGAGAACUACAGAGUGGACAGAGUGCCACGUGGACCCUUUGCUCAGUCAGCAGGACAAGAGGCGUGCCAAUCAGACAGCCCUCUGUGGAGGUGGCAUCCAGACCCGGGAGGUAUACUGCAUACAAACCAAUGACAACCUGCUCUCCCACUUAAAUACACAGAAGGACAAAGAAGCUCCAAAACCAGUGGACUUGACAUUAUGCAGUGGCCCUGUUCCUAACACCACACAGCUGUGCCACCUUCCUUGUCCAGUUGAAUGUGAGGUUUCACCCUGGUCUGCCUGGGGACCCUGUACUUAUGAGAACUGUAAUGACCAACAAGGGAGAAAAGGAUUCAAACUAAGGAAGCGGCGCAUUACAAAUGAGCCUACUGGAGGUUCUGGGGCAACUGGAAACUGCCCUCACUUACUGGAAGCCAUUCCCUGUGAAGAGCCAUCCUGCUAUGACUGGAAAGCAGUGAGACUUGGAGACUGUGAACCAGAUAAUGGAAAAGACUGUGGGCCCGGCACUCAAGUUCAAGAGGUUGUAUGCAUCAACAGUGAUGGAGAAGAAGUGAACAGACAGCUAUGCAGAGAUGCAAUCUUUCCCAUCCCUGUGGCCUGCGAUGUGCCAUGCCCAAAGGACUGUGUGCUCAGUGCAUGGUCCACAUGGUCCUCCUGUUCACACACCUGCUCUGGGAAAACUACAGAAGGGAAACAGAUCCGAGCUCGCUCCAUUCUGGCCUACGCAGGUGAAGAAGGUGGAAUCCGCUGCCCGAACAGCAGUGCCUUGCAAGAGAUGCGCAGCUGCAAUGAGCAUCCUUGCACUGUGUAUCACUGGCAAACUGGUCCCUGGGGUCAGUGUAUAGAGGACACAUCAGUGUCAUCCUUCAAUACGACUACAACGUGGAAUGGGGAGGCCUCAUGUUCUGUGGGCAUGCAGACACGAAAAGUCAUCUGUGUGCGAGUCAACGUGGGCCAAGUGGGACCCAAGAAGUGUCCUGAGAGCCUUCGGCCUGAAACAGUGAGGCCUUGCUUGCUUCCUUGUAGGAAGGAUUGUAUCAUGACCCCAUACAGCGACUGGACACCAUGUCCCUCUUCAUGCAGAGAAGGGGACUCUGGAACCAGGAAGCAGUCUCGACAUCGGGUCAUCGUUCAGCUACCAGCCAAUGGAGGCCGGGACUGCUCAGACCCUUUAUAUGAAGAGAAGGCUUGUGAGGCCUCUCCCACGUGUUACAGCUACAGGUGGAAGACACACAAAUGGCGCAGGUGCCAGCUAGUUCCUUGGAGCAUUCAACAGGAUGUCCCUGGAGCUCAGGAAGGCUGUGGGCCUGGACGACAGGCAAGAGCCAUUACUUGUCGAAAGCAAGAUGGAGGGCAGGCUAGCAUCCAGGAGUGCCUCCAGUAUGCAGGCCCUGUGCCAGCCCUGACCCAGGCUUGCCAGAUCCCCUGCCAAGAUGACUGUCAAUUUACCAGCUGGUCCAAGUUUUCUUCGUGCAAUGGAGACUGUGGUGCAGUUAGGACCAGAAAGCGAGCUAUUGUUGGAAAAAGCAAAAAGAAGGAGAAAUGUAAAAACUCCCAUUUGUACCCUCUGAUUGAGACUCAGUAUUGUCCUUGUGACAAAUACAAUGCGCAGCCUGUGGGAAACUGGUCAGACUGUAUUUUACCGGAGGGGAAGGCUGAAGCGCUGUUGGGAAUGAAGGUACCAGGAGACAACAAGGAAUGUGGACAAGGAUACCGUUACCAAGCGAUGGCGUGCUACGAUCAAAAUGGCAGACUCGUGGAGACGUCGCGAUGCAACAGCCAUGGUUACAUAGAAGAAGCAUGCAUCAUCCCCUGCCCCUCAGAUUGCAAGCUCAGUGAGUGGUCCAACUGGUCUCGCUGCAGUAAGUCCUGUGGCAGUGGUGUGAAGGUCAGGUCCAAGUGGCUUCGAGAAAAGCCUUAUAAUGGAGGAAGGCCUUGCCCCAAACUGGACCAUGUCAACCAGGCACAGGUGUAUGAGGUCGUCCCAUGCCACAGUGACUGCAACCAGUACAUAUGGGUCACAGAGCCAUGGAGUGUCUGCAAGGUGACCUUUGUGGACAUGCAAGAUAACUGUGGAGAGGGUGUGCAGACCCGAAAAGUGAGAUGCAUGCAGAAUACAGCAGAUGGCCCUUCUGAACAUGUGGAGGAUUACCUAUGUGACCCAGAAGAUAUGCCCCUGGGCUCUAGAGAGUGUAAACUACCAUGCCCUGAGGACUGUGUGAUAUCUGAGUGGGGGCCAUGGACCCAGUGUGCUUUGCCUUGCACUCCAGGUGGCUCCCGGCAAAGGUCAGCUGAGCCCAUCAGACAGCCUGCUGAUGAGGGAAGAAUCUGCCCCGAUGCCGUGGAGAAAGAGCCCUGUAAUCUGAACAAAAACUGCUACCACUAUGACUACAACGUCACAGACUGGAGUACAUGUCAGCUGAGCGAAAAGGCAGUUUGUGGAAAUGGCAUAAAAACAAGAAUGUUGGACUGUGUUAGAAGUGAUGGCAAGUCUGUUGACCUGAAAUAUUGUGAAGAGCUUGGCCUAGAGAAGAACUGGCAAAUGAACACAUCCUGCAUGGUGGAAUGCCCUGUGAACUGUCAGCUUUCAGACUGGUCUCCUUGGUCAGAAUGUUCUCAAACAUGUGGACUCACAGGAAAAAUGAUUCGAGGACGAGCAAUGACCCAGCCCUUUCAAGGUGACGGGAGACCUUGCCCUUCCCUGAUGGAACAGUCCAAGCCUUGCCCAGUGAAGCCAUGCUAUCGUUGGCAGUAUGGCCAGUGGUCUCCAUGCCAAGUUCAGGAGGCCCAGUGUGGAGAAGGAACCAGGACACGGAAUAUUUCUUGUGUAGUGAGUGACGGCUCAGCUGAUGAUUUCAGCAAAGUGGUCGAUGAAGAAUUCUGCACUGACAUUGAGCUCAUCGUAGAUGGUAAUAAACAGAUCGUUCUGGAGGAAACCUGCACCCAGCCCUGCCCAGGUGACUGCUAUUUGAAUGACUGGUCUUCAUGGAGUCUGUGUCAGCUGACCUGCGUGAAUGGUGAGGAUCUUGGCUUUGGUGGAAUACAGGUCCGAUCCAGAGCAGUGAUUAUACAGGAACUAGAGAAUCAACAUCUGUGCCCAGAGCAGAUGUUAGAAACAAAGUCAUGUGAUGAUGGACAGUGCUAUGAGUAUAAGUGGAUGGCAAGUGCUUGGAAGGGCUCCUCUCGAACAGUCUGGUGUCAAAGGUCAGAUGGUGUAAAUGUAACAGGUGGCUGCUUGGUGGUGAGCCAGCCUGAUGCCGACAGGUCUUGUAACCCACCCUGUAGCCAACCUCAUUCAUACUGUAGUGAGAUGAAGGCAUGUCGCUGUGAAGAAGGGUACACUGAAGUCAUGUCCUCCAACAGCACCCUUGAGCAAUGUACACUUAUCCCAGUGGUGGUGAUUCCCACUGUGGAGGACAAAAGAGGAGAUGUGAAAACCAGUCGGGCAGUUCACCCAACCCAACCCUCCACUAACCCAGCAGGACGGGGCAGGACUUGGUUUCUACAGCCGUUUGGGCCAGAUGGGAGACUAAAGACCUGGGUUUAUGGUGUCGCAGCAGGGGCAAUUGUGCUGUUAGUGUUCAUUGUCUCCAUGAUUUAUCUAGCUUGCAAAAAGCCAAAGAAACCGCAAAGACGGCAAAACAACCGCCUCAAACCUUUAACCUUAGCAUAUGAUGGCGACGCCGAUAUGUAAUGUUGAAACAACCAACCUUGGCCAUUUGCCUUUGUAGUAGACAUCCAGGGGCCACAGUGCCAGUAUUCAAAUUAUGAAUUAUAAUCAACUUUAACUGUUAUGAAUACUAUCAUUAAGAAAAAAAGAGAAAACCCUACUCCCACUGGGAAUAUUCAAGACAGUGCCACUGACAUAGAGAGAGUCAACUCUGAGAAUUCUAGGAGAUGAAGUGGAAUGCAUGUUGUGUCUUGAAAGUUUUGUAUCAUCUUUUCAGAAAUCCACCAAUUGAAAAAAAAAAAAAAACACUUUUGAUUUCUAAAAAGUAGUGAGGAAAUUGGCCAAUUUGGAAGCCAGAUGCAAGACUGCUUGCAGCACUAACCCACAGAACUUUCUAGCAUGAAGAGUUCAUAAUGAAGGCUUUUCAAUUCUAACUUAAGCAUAACAACAUGUAUGCUCAAUCAAAUGACUUACAAUAUGAUAUCAUCUUAUAUACUUGUUAAUAAUCAACUUUUAACAGUGAAGAAGACAUAAGCCCUAUGCUAGAUGAAGAACCCAUUGAACAGUUUAGCAUCUUCAUGGUUGAUGGUAGCUUUUAUUGGCCUGCAUUUUAGAGACAAACUCUUUUUAUAAGACUAUUCUUGUCUCUCUCCAAGGUAUGAAUGCUGGACAUGUACUAGGACCUUAGAAGACAGAAUCCUCAAGUUCUGUAUUUUAUAGCAGUUAUUGUCUAGAAAACAAACAUGCUCGUGUUAAUACAUUUCUACUUUCCCUAAUUUCACACUGGUUGCCUACAUCUUUUUUGCUGUAUGGAAGGCACAUUUUGCACUAUAUUAGUGCAGCAUGAUAGGCACUUCACCAGUAUUGCCAUAGAAACUGCCUCUUUUCAUAUGGGAUGAAGACAUCUGUGCCAAGAGUGCUGUGGAGACAUUUGCAGGCCUUUGUUCUCGGAAGAGAGUUAGUUCAGUCUCGAUGGUAACAGGAUCAAAUCUGCUAUUACAUCUGCUGUCUACACUCUCCCUUCUCACUACAGCCACUAUGAAAUUGACAAAACGGCAAGAGUUCAAGUGUUGAAAUCCCUAACCAUCAACCCCCAAAGGUGGAACCCCUGGUUGGGUUGCAGUGGCUCUUGGAAGGCUGUUUCUGAUGAGAUUUAUAUAUUUGUUAUCUUUGUUUAAAAAAAAAGAAGAAGAAAAGAAAAGAAAAAAGGACCGGUUGUCUUCAUAAUUUUGAGCAGAUGGAGAAAAUGAUGUAUCAAUGAUUUUUCUAACAAAACAAAUCGAAGUUGUAUGUGAGCUUUUCUUUCUUCCUAAUUUGCUUUCUCGGUGUGAGGUUGGCAUUCUGCCAGGUAGGCCGUAUUUCCCAGUCAUGACCUUUUGCCCUUCUCAUGGCUGAAAUCUGAAGGAGCAUGAUAUUUAAACCUAAAAUUUAAAAAGAAAAGAGUGAAGGAACUCGUCCAGAGCUUGCUUCAGUGUAGAAAGGGUUACAAGCUUUUUGAGCAGAAGAUCAAACGGGACAUGUUCUCAGUCAGGUCUGUAGUUGAGUUCACAACACUGUGACUGUGCAAUGUUGCCAGAGAAGAUUCUCAGCAGGAAAAACAGUGACAUCACUGUUUUCAGCAGAACUUCCUUUCCAUGAAAACCAACAGGCUAUGUUUACAUGUCUUAGUUUGUGGCCCCACCUUACACUCUAGGAGCUUUUUUAGAGCUAGCUCUACAUUAUAUAGUUGUUAGUUUUAGUUUGUUUACUCUCUGUCUACCAGAUUUAAUCUCACAGGUCACAAUUUAUAGUCAUUACUUAUGAUUGCCUCAGAUAUGGCUCUAUGUUCACUGGCAUAGCCCAGGAAAUGCCACUAUGAGAUAUAUCUCCUUUCUUCUAUAAAGGAAGUUAAACUAUAACAUGAAAAAAAAAAAAAAAAAAAAAAAAAAACAGUCACAUAUUUCUGGCAGUAACUACUACAUUUAGCCUCUGCUAGGGACCAUUAUGCUUUUCAGUCUUUAAAAUACCAUUAUGCUUUUGAGUUUUGUUUUGUUUUGUGUUGAUUUGUUUUGUUUUGUUUUUAAUCUUAAAUGCAUCUGUAUUGCUGGAACUGUGGUUUGGGUGGUGAGGUAUUUGCCUUCAUAGACUGAGUAUGAGCUCCCUCUGCUGUCCAUUAGAACAGCUUUUUCUGGAAAGAUUACAAAAGAAUUCUGAGUGAGAGGAUGUCUCCCAAAUGAAAAUCUUUAUAUAUAAUUCAAUAUAAAAAAUGUGAUAGUGUUUCUUAUUUAUUCCAAAUGUAAGGCUUUAGAUAAUAAAUGGCAUUUCAAAGAGAGCGUGUUGGGCGGGUGGGUGAGUUUCACUUUAAGCCAAGGAUUUAGUUGAGGUAAAACAUGAAGAGGAAGAAAAAUAAUAUUGUUAUUCUAAAACUGUGAUUGUGCGCU